AUGAACGAUACCGAUAUCGCAAACCAUUACGGUCUGCCGUCAGAAUCUCCAGAUACAUGGCCGGCAGUACUCGACGAGAGCGAUGAAUCCGACACGGAGAGCCUGCGCGGUGACGGGGCACGGUCGCACAAGUCCCGAUACUUUGCUUUGGAGCGCAGUGGGAGCCAACGGAAGAAUCUGGGGUCACAAAGAGGGGGUAAUGGGAAGGACAGUCUAGCCCAGAAGGAUGAACCUGAUCCUCUAGGCUCUGGAGAUAGCGUUCUGAAGGUUCUCAAGAAGAGGGGGUUGCCCUUAGAUGAAGAGACCCGGCUACGAAACAGGUUCCUUCUCUCGUCAACGUCGUUCUCACCAGCGCUAUUCCUCUCUCAAGCUCAUUCGAAUGACUCAAUUCAAUCACUUCUCGAUGGAUUAGGCUACCUGUCGCGGUCCAUUGACCAAAAAUCCGCGUCGCUAAAGGUGCUGGUUGAGGCCAACUUCGAGCGUUUCGUCCGCGCCAAGGCGACCAUUGAUAGCGUCUACACAGAAAUGAGAAACCAGGGCGCACCACCACAGGAUGACGUUCCUUUGGCUCAGAUUCGUCGCCGGUCGGCACAUUUUAGGAGCAGCUCAGCAAUGAUGCGCGGCGAUUCCCCCGCGCCAACGAUGUUGGAGAGUAGUAAGAAUGCUUUGACCAAGGAGAGUGAAUAUGGUAUGAAGGGAAUCCGUGCUCCCCUGGUAGAAGCUUCUGUGAAGGCAGAGGAAGUAUGGGGUCCAGCCUUGGGGGGUCGUGAAAGAGAACAGGUACUGAAAUCUGUGGUCGACACGAUGGAAAGACAUCGGGACGUCUAUGAAAUUGGCGGCCAACUUUCCAAAGCGAUCAAGCAAAGGGACUACGAAUCGGUUUUUGAGCUGUACACGAAUGCAAGGACACUAGCCAACAAUGCUAGGAAUAUUGCAGGCAUGGCGAGCAGCGAUGGCCGGUCGUUGACCGACGAGGAAACGCAUACGAUUCUGGCCAUGGGUCGAAUGUGGAUGGACGUGGAUCAGCAAAUCCAAGCCUUUACGCGUGAUCUCUGGAGGCGUCUGGGUGAUGCACCUACAACAUCCACGACGGCCACAGCAUCUGGCCCGGUCGAGGAACACAUGGAAUUGAUUGGGGCCUUGCUGGAACUGGGCGUUGAAGACAAUCCGAUCUGGAUAUGGCUCAUAAACCGCUAUGACUUCCUCAAGACCAAGAUUACAUCGUUCUGUGAACGUUGCAAAGUCGAACUCGAGAUCCUCCGGCGCAGACUGGCCAGUGGUGAGAUCCCGUCCCCACAACAAGUGGCAUCGUACCUUCGACUAGCCCCUCGCGAGAGCUCACUAGAUGCGCAAGCAAUGCUAGACACGGAUCAAGUCACUGAGCUCUGGGAAUGCAUCCAUACUUACCUGAACAGAUUAUUGUCUCCCCAUGGAGGAGUUCUGGGCGAAGUGUUGGAUUUCUGGGAAGCUGCACAAUCGUUUAUUGAUGGCAGCAAGCAAAGGAUGCUGCCUGUUGGAUUCGAAGGAGAGAGCCGUAGACACCAUCGACUCUCUUCGGAGGAGAUGUUGACUUUAGAAAAUGGUGUGGUUGAGUUGAUCAAUCUUAUCCGCGAGAGCGUGUUGGCACUAUUUUCGUCUCCCCCAACGGACGAUCUCUCGAUUCUCGCAACUCCAAUAUCACCACCCAGCCCAAGCACCCCAAGCUUUGGGGUUACACCCACCGAAUCUCGCUUCAAACUCGACCCCAAAAAUAUGCCUUUUCCGAUCCCCAAACGGGGGGAGCAUUGGGAAGACUUCGCCUUCUGGCCGCCUUUCUCAAACUCACUCAGUGGCAUACACUAUCUCGACAAAUUUUUGGCCAUAAUCGGUAUGGCAGCUGGCGAAAUGGCUGCAUUGGGUCCCGUGGCCCACAGCGGUAACACCCCCGAUCUUCUCAGGUCGCUUGUGAGUACUGCUCGUGAGCGAUCGGUCCGCGUCGUAUGUGCCGCCUGGGGUAAGGAUGCGGAGACUUGCAAGAUGCUGGAGGAUUGGACAAGAGAUCCUGAGAAGCGAGACUUGACCAAGAUGCCGGGGCUGUUCGUUGCAUAUGAAAGUGCGAUCCUUGGCGGGAUGCAGAAGAUCUUAUAUAUUCCAGAGGCCAUGGCCAAGCCUCUUCAGGUGGAAGUUGUCACGCAACCUCCGGCCAAACUUCUCCAGAUGGUGCGCAUGCAGUUUGUGUCGAGCGUGUACAAGGCACUCAGCGGACUGGUGGAAAAUGCGGAGCAUCCUGCGGCGCCAGAAGAGGAUAACGAGUGGGUUCUUGUUGGACAUGCGACAUCGGUCAGCGGACCAGAUAGUGCAUCGUCUGUGCUCGCAGCAGAUGCUGUGGAUGCUGAUAACAGGAACGUGCGCAUACUCCUCACACUCUCCAAUAUCAAGGAACUCCAGGCCGUUCUAGUACCACAGCUCAUCUCUAACUUCGAAACAUCCUUCUCUGUCAAGUUGACCGACGAAGCCAAGACCAUACGAGAUGCACUCCACCAGAUUGAUGACCGCCUCUUCCAAUCUUACACCAACCCAACCGUCGAGACACUAAAAUCCACAAUCUUCAACGGCAUUACUGCCCCAGAUUGGGAACCAUCGACCAACCGGCCCCAACAAGUCCGGCCCUACGUAUACAACACAAUGCUAACUUUGGUCCUUGUCCACACCGAGAUCUCAACCACCAUUCCGUCCACCUCCCUCUCAGCCUCGAGUCGAUCAUCCUCUGGCAUCCCGUCUCCGCUAAUGAAAACGAUUCUCACCUACCUCCUAUCCAAGGUAUCUUCGUCUCUGUUAUCCUCAUUUAGUGCACGGCCGGAGUACACGCUUGCGGCACUAAUGCAAGCGACCCUGGACACAGAGUUCAUUGCGCAGACCCUUUCGCAGUACUCGACGGACGAGUCAUCUAUGGCGCAAAGCCAGAUCUAUGUUGAAUUGGACCAGCGGACUACGCAUGAAGCGCGCGCCAAGCUUCAGGCGGAGCUUGGGGAAAUGAGAGGAGUUUUGAGGAAUUUACGUGAUAGGACGAAGGGAGAGUUUGCCUGCUUCCGGAAACCCAAGACUGGGACAGGACUGAAGUCACCUCAGUAA